AUGGGUAAUGUGCAGUGCUGCGCCAGCGAACGCUUCCUCGAAGGAAAACCGCCAAAAAAACCGAAAAACAAGAAGAAGAGCAAGAAGAAACAGAAGGGAAACAGUGAAAAGACUAACGGGGUUGGUGGUGGUACCAUAGACAAUAGUGUACAGAAGAUAGCCAAAGUGGCAGAGGAUACCGCCGAGCGGGUUGCGCCUCAAACUGCGCAGGCGCAAUCUUCGCCUCCACCUGAGGAUCCUGUGAAGAAGUCUCAGGAAUCACUAAGCAUGACGCAACCGGCGGAUUCAAGUUCCACCAAAAGUGACACUCCACGAAACGAGACUACUGCUGCAGCGCGGGAACGCUUCUUUGGUCAGGUUUUCUACGAUGAUCUAACUUGCAUUGAU